CUCGCGUCCGCGCCUUGCUUUCCGCCCCCCGGCUCUUGGGCGCCUCGCGGGGACCCCGGCCAGGGCGCGCUCGGGGCUCGAGGCUCUGAGUGGGGUCGGGGCGGGGUGGCGUCGGGAUGGGGCACGGCGGCGCCCGGAGCCUGGGCCGCGGGGAGGAGCCGGGACGGCGCGGGCCCUCCUCCCCGCUCCUCCUCCUGCGCCCGCAAGGCCAGUGGCUCGUCCCCUGGGCUGGGUGUCCCCGGGCCGCGGGCCGGGCGGAGCUGGGCCGGGGGCGGGUGCACGGGGGGAGCCCCCACCCUCCGUCCCCUCGCGCUCACACGGUGCGCCCGCCGCACGGUCACGUCCGCGGCCCGCGGGGCCUGAGGGUUCGGCUGCCGCUCGGCCCGGCGCCCCCCGGCCGUCUCUGGAAGAGGGUCCCGCAGGCGGAAGAGCUCCGGACUCGACUCUGCACCCCUGGAGCGAGGGCGACUCUCCUACCAGCUCUACACUGGCUUCCGCACCUGCCCACCGUGCGCUCACAGGCCCGCACCGCAUCCAUUCUCCGCGGGCGCAUCCAGUCCUGGCGACGUCCCCCGCCGCCGGGGACGGAGCUCCCCGGAGAGGGCUUCCCACUCUCGGCGUUCGCCCUCCGCCAUCCUUGCGCUUCUGAUCUGGAUGCAGACAGGACCCCGGGUGGGGCCCAGAGGCGGCACUGUGGCCGGAGGGACACCCGCUGUCCUCUCUUUGAGCGGCAGUGUCCCUAUGUUGCCCUUGAAGGAGGAGCCGCCUGAUCUGUUGUAGCCCAUAGUCCGGUGUUUCAGCGAGAAACAGGAGAGCGCUCCCUUGCCACUGAAGACACAAGGGAUAGCCAGGAAGAGAACUAGCGUUUGUUGAGAACGCAGCCUGCUGGACGCGCGACCUUACCGAAUGUAGGAAGCAGACAUUUUUAGACCCAUUUCGCAGAUGAGGAAAUGGGCCUCAGAGAAGUUAAGGGGCUUGCUCAGGAUCGCACAGCUAGUGCUUAGCAGAGCCGGGAUUCGAAAGCAGAUCACAUAUAUGACAAAGUUGCAUAGAACUAAAUGCACUCACACAAAUGAGAGCAUGUAAGACUGGCGACGUUUGAAUAAGACUCCAGGGUUGUAUUAGCAUCAUUUCCUGGUCCUGAUAUUGUACUACAGUUAUGCAAAACCUUACCAUUGGGGAAAAUCGGGGAAAAGGUCUCCAAGGAAUCUCUCUGUAUUAUUUCUUACAACUUAAUGUGAAUCUACAGUUAUCUCAGAAUAAAAAGUAUUUUUUAAAAAGCA